AUGAAGGAAGGGAACAUGAUUGUGGUAGAGUAUGCUGCGAAGUUUGAGGCGCUGGUGAAGUUUUAUCCCCAUUACAUCUGUGUUGAUGCUGAGACUUCUAAAUGUCUCAAAAUCUACAAUAAGGAUAACAUAUCCCGAUCUGCUCACUAUAAGAGUCUUAAUGAGAAGAAAGGGAAGGGAAAAUUUCGAGGGAAACCUUAUGUAACUCCAACUGAAAAAGGGAAGCAUAAGGCUUUAGAUGGGAAGAAGACAAGUGGGAGAGGGGCUCCUGCUUCCUUCAAGUGCUUCAAGUGUGGCGAGUUGGGCCACCAUGCUAAUAAAUGUAAUAAUAAGGUUCUGAGAUGUUAUAAUUAUGGAAAAAUGGGUCAUCAUGUUGCAGAGUGCAAGAAUGAUGGUCCGACUUGGUACAAUUAUGGUGAACAGGGUCAUAUAAGUAUUCAAUGUCAGAAGCCAAACAAGACGACCGCUACUAAUGGUAGAGUGUUUACUUUGAGUGGUUCAGAUGUUCCUAAGAGAAAUAACUUGAUCAGAGGUACUUGUUUCAUUAACAAUCUUGAGUUAAUUUCUAUUAUUGAUACUGGUGCUACUCAUUCGUUUAUUUCACUUGAUUGUGCUACGAGGUUGGAUUUAAAAUUAUCUUCUAUGGUUGGGAGUUUGGUUAUCGAUACCUCGACUAAUGGUUCUAUGACUACUGUGUUAGUCUGUUUGAGUUGUCCUUUGACCAUUUAUGGUAAGAAUUUUGCGAUGGACUUGGCUUGUCUACCAUUGCAUCAAAUCACUAUUAUUCUUGGAAUAAUCUGGUUGGAGUUGUACUAUUUUCAUAUCAACUGCUACAGUAAAACCGUGAGGUUCCCAGAGUUUGGUGAUUAUGGAGAGCUGAUGUUUUUAUCUCGGAUGUUUGCAAUGUUUGCAUCAUUGCAAGUCGACAAUAAGUCUGCAAGUGUUGAUCUUCCUGUUAUGUGCAAUUUUCCAGAUGUAUUUCCAAAUGAUAUCAGUGACUUCCCACUAGAGCGUGAGAUUGAGUUUUCCAUUGAUGUGGUACCUGGUACUAAUCAUGUGUCGAUGGCUUCGUAUAGGAUGCCGACUUAA